CCGGCUACUUUGGGUGAGCUCAAUAAUUGAACGGCCAUGGCUGCCCCGGCGACGACACUCGUAAGGCAGUGUUUGGCUGUGCUUUUCUUGUUCGCCAUUCUUGUCUCUUCCACUUGUGGUUCACUGGCGAGAUCGAGAAAGUCAGCGACGAUCAAAGAGAUAAACCGGAACGGGCCGUACGUGGGGCUCAUCACAGUGUAUGCCCCAGAAGAAAAUGCCUUCUUCGCCUCCAAGGCUUUCAAAUCUCAUCCCAAGCACCCCUUCGUGGAUCUCGCAGGGAGAAGGUACAGGGUGGGAGAGGUGGAGGGUAGCAAAGUCAUCUACGUCAGAUGUGGGAUUGGACUGGUGAAUGCAGCAGCAACCACACAACAGAUGGUAGAUGUGUUUGAGAUAAGUGGGAUUGUUCAUUUUGGGAUUGCUGGCAACGCCAACAGUUCCAUGUCCAUUGGAGAUGUCGUCAUCCCCAAACAAUUUGUCCAAACUGGUCUCUGGGAUUGGCUGAAGCCGAAUGCGACAGUAGAUUCAAGUGACUUUGGGGAAAUGGACAUAGGAGAGUACAACGUGAAAGGCAAAGGCAAAGGAAUGAACGUGCUGGGCAAAAUAGGAUACUUCACAGAGCAGUUCUACUCUGAAACUGGCAAACCCAACCAACCCCAACGUUUGAUCUGGUUCCCCACCACUCCUCACUGGCUUCACCUUGCUUCCCAAAAACUACAGGGAAUGAAACUAGAGAGAUGUGUGAACGCAAGCCUGUGCUUAGAAACGGAACCAAAGCUGGUUGUGGGACUCAACGGCUCAACAGCAGACGCUUUCGUGGACAAUGCAGCUUACAGGGACUUCCUCUUCAACACAUUUCACGUCUCCUCUCUUGAUAUGGAGAGUUCUGCCAUCGUCAUGACAAGCUUGUCGAAUGAUUAUGCGGUGAUAGUGAUAAGAGGUCUGUCGGACUUAGCAGGAGCACAGCAAGGAGAUAACCACAUCAAGCUGUUUGGACCUCUUGCAGCUACCAACACUGCCAAAGCUGUUAUUCAAUUCUUGAAGAUUUCUCAGCAACAAAACAACCUCCAUUCCAGUUAAUUGCUUUUUCAAUUAAUUAACACGUCAUUAAAAAAAAAUCGUGUUGUUUCCUAAAUUCUUGAUUGGUUCCUCUGUC